UUUUGAUGUUUUUUUGAGGAUUAUUUUGAGAGCGUAGUUAGUUCUUUAAGCAGUUAUAAAUUGACAAUCAUUUCAUAGUUGAGCUCCAAUGAUUGUCUAAAUUUUGAUAUCAUUGGGAUGAAUAAGUUGGUCAUCAUAGCGUUUGUGGGACUUUGUUCCACAUUGUUAAUUGGGAAUGGAGAUUGUAAGGAAUUGGACUUCCACUUCAUCAAAAUGGUAAAAAUGAACGAAAGUGAUGAACUCUUCAAAUACGAUCUCAAAUCUGUUGAAAAAAUAGAUCAAACAUCUUUCAAAGUAAAUUCUGAGAUUGAUUUGUUUGUGGACCUGGAUGCUGAGUGGCAUUUUUGGAUUCAAAUCUACCGCAAUGAAGAUGGAAGUGAGAACUUUGAUGAAAAACCACUUAUAUCAAUUCCAAAGAAAGAAUUCUGUGAAUUUAUGAAGACAACUUACAAACAAUACUUUUGGGAGAGUUUAGAAAAGUCAUCGAAUUUACCGCCCCCUGAAACUUGUCCUAUUAAGGCUGGAAAUUACUGGAUCAAAGACUAUAUCUUCGAUGGCGGAAAGUACAAAUCAUUUGCAAAAGGUGGUGGAUAUAGAGUCGACAUGUUUGUAUCUCAAGAUCAUGAGGAAAGUCACAUUACCAAGAUGGGAGUGCAAAUAUUUGGAAAGGUUGAAGAAAAAGAGUGAAUUGAUUGAAAUGGUUGACUAAUAUGAAGACUUGGCGAUACUUUAAAGGAUUCUGUAAUGGAUUUUGAAAAUUAAUUUUAGUAAAAUUGAAGUUCCAC